AGAAGCGCUGACAUAAGUGCAUGAGACGAAUGAUUCUUUUUUAACGAAAAUACCGUUAUUUUUGAAGACAGUAACUCCUCCAAAAAAAAAAAAAAAACAAAUAAAUCAGACCCUAAAAACAUGUGAAGUGGACGAGAGCAAUCGUCUCCAAGAAAUUAUGUUACUCGAUUUCAAAAAAGCAGUUUCAAGAAAAAUGCGUUUAAAGUUUUACGCGUUGUAACUUCACUAUUUGUCCAAAUUAAUAAAGUUUACUUCACACUUUUUGCAAAAACUUUUACAAAAACAGUUUAAAAACUCUUUGAUAGUUUUAGUUUUAAUAUAAACCAAAGUCUAUACAUAUUUGUAAUACCUAUCAAACACUAUCUAUUCCCGAAACUCAAAAAUGAUCAAGUUUUCUACACUUGUUCAUUAGUUUUGUGUCAUUAUAUUUAAAAUAUAACAAUUCCCUUCAUAAAUUGGUUGUUUUUUUUUAGAAUGAAUACUUCUACCUCGAGAGUUGUGACUGCUCUGGACGUAAGUGUGGUGGUGCUGUCCAGUGUUGCUGGUAUUGGAUGUGGUAUAUUUAGUGUAAAGCCAACAAGAGAGCUAAAUCUGCGUUUAAGAAAGUUUGAUGCCGCUUUACACUCAUUUUCGAAUUUCAAACGUGAUCGCAUCACAUCCAGAAUUAUGGCCAUCAUACCGAUGACAAUAAGCGCAGCACUCAUAGUUUUCGAUAUAUGGACAUGGGUGCUACAAGUGGAAUUUUCGCCGAAAAAAAGUUCAAAAGCCAAUAUCAAGUGGUACAUACCGUUUUAUUUACUUUAUCUCGUUAUGAUUGGUUUCCACAUUUUAUUCGCUAACACGGCGUUUGGACUCGGUCGGCGUUUUCGGCGUUUAAAUGCAAUGCUAAAGUGUCAUUAUUUGUCAGACAGCAAACCGUAUAGCUUAGUGCGAACACAGAUUAACAGCAUUAAAAUCACGCCUGACCAAGCGAUGUCGCUACAUGACAGUUUGGACCGUCUGAACACAGAAUCAUUGCCCAAAGAGGGUUUGGGCAAAACUCGUGUUGUGCUCUUGAAAUCACUUGCAGACAACCACGAAUCGUUGGGCAAAUGCGUACAGAUAUUUUCAAACACCUACGGCAUUGCUGUGCUGUGCAUACUUGUUUCCUGCCUGCUGCACAUGGUUGCCACUGCGUAUUUUCUAUUUUUAGGUUUACUCAAUCGAAACAUUAGCGGUUAUGUGUGGGGUCAGGUGAUGUGGAUUAUUUUACAUAUAUUAAGAUUGCUGCUGGUGGUGGAGCCGUGUCACAUUGCAACCUUGGAGUCAAAGAAAACCAUACAAAUUGUGUCUGAGAUUGAACGAAAAGUGCAUGAGCCCGUGCUGGUUGAAGAGAUUAAAAAGUUUUGGCAACAGUUGCUCGUUAUAGAUGUCGAAUUUUCAGCGCUCGGACUUUGUCGCAUCAAUAGAAAUAUACUAACAUCGUUCAGUUCAGCAAUCGCCACAUAUCUGGUUAUACUCAUACAGUUCCAAAAAGCGAGUGGCUGAUGCAUUGUGCAAUGGGAAUUACGAGUAAUUAAAUUAUUGAAAAAUGUAAUACCACAAG